AUGAAGUUCGUCGGAUUGUUGGCACUUAGUGCCACUGCUCUGGCAGCGUCCGUCCCGUCCCAGAACGAGGGCAAGUUCUUAGUUGAAACUGCCCCAGGACAAACACAAUGGGUGACUGAAGAUCAGAAGAUGGAAUUAAAGAUGCAAGGAAAAGACUUCAUUGAUAUCACCCAUGAAGUCGAACAGAACAUCCGCCCCAGCAGCUUUCGCACCGCAAACGUUGCUACCAACUUUCCCAGAACAAUGACGCAAGAGAAAGCUGUGAAGGCUAUGAUUGCUGAGCUCUCGAAGGAGAACAUGCAACGGGAUCUCACUCGGUUGACACAGUUCCACAACCGAUACUAUCAGUCUGAAACAGGCGUGCAAUCCGCCACCUGGAUCAUGCAACAAGCCCAGGCCGCUGUUCAGGCUGCAGGAGCUCGCGGAGCCAAGGUCGAGAAAUUCCCCCAUAAAUUCAAGCAAUUCAGUAUCGUCGUCACUCUUCCAGGAAAGUCUGAGAAGACUGUUGUCGUUGGUGCUCACCAAGACAGCAUCAACCAGAGAGACCGUGCCACCGGUCGCGCUCCUGGUGCUGACGACAACGGAAGUGGAUCCAUGACCAUUCUGGAAGCCCUUCGCGGUGUUCUCCAGAACCGCGAUGUUGUUGCCGGAAACGCCCCCAACACCAUGGAAUUCCACUGGUAUGCCGGUGAGGAGCUUGGUCUCCUUGGCUCUGCCGAUAUCUUCGCCCGCUACAUGCAGCAGCGCAAACAGAUCAAGGCCAUGUUGAACCAGGAUAUGACUGGUUUCGUCAAGCGUGGAGUUCGUGAGGAAUUCGGUGUCAUCACCGACAACGUCAACGCCGAAUUGAGCCAGUUUGCCCGAACCGUCAUUGGCAAGUACACUCGUCUCCCAUACGUCAACACUCGCUGCGGCUAUGCUUGCUCUGACCACGCUUCCGCCAACCGAUAUGGCUUCCCAUCCGCUAUGGUUGCCGAAGCUGCUUUCAACAACAUCAGCCCUACCAUCCACAGUCCCGCUGAUGAGCUCAGCACCAUCAACUAUGACCACAUGUUGGAGCACGCCAAGUUGGUUGUUGGUUUCAUGACCGAACUUGCUUUCCAGAACAAUUUGUAA